CUCUCUUUCUCCCCCUCUUCAUUUGUCAGCAGUCAUCACAAACGGCAUUCCUUUCUUCUUCUUCUUCCUUCCUCCUUCCAUUUCAUACCUUCUUAUAUCACAAUUCUGUGAGGGGCGGCUAGCCCAGUGAAAUUGCACCGGUUUCUUCGGCUGGGUCUCCAUCCUUUCGCUCAAAGUCGCCGCCUUUUGGGUUUAAUUUGCAGGCAGCGGCUCCUGGUUCUUAAUUAACCACAUGGAUGACGGCUUGGGGUUGGUGAGUCGACUCUCGGAGUUGGUGAAUGAGAUUUCUGAGCUGCCUGAGUGCGGGAAUGUGUGCAACAAGAUGCCCGGCAAUUUGGUAAGAAGAAUUAUUCUCUUGCGACCCAUGUUUGAGGAAUUGAAAGAUGUCAAUGAAGAGCUGAGCGAAGAAGCCGCUGAAGGGUUUGAGCUGUUGAGAAUUGCUCUGGAAUCGGCUAUGGAGCAUAUGAGGACAGUCAACGAUGGCAGCAAGGUUUAUCAGUCCUUACAUCGAGACAGCAUAGCAGCUGAAUUCCACCAAAUAACAGAACAAGUUGAAGAAGCAUUGAGCAAGAUUCCUUACAAAAAGCUUGAUUUGUCAGAAGAAGUUCAGGAGCAAGUAUUACUGAACUCAGUUUAUCAGAGAUGUCGUUGUUCUGUGUAUGACAACUUGGGGCUGGUGAGUCAACUCUUGGAGCUGGUGAAGACCAUCUCUGGGUUGGCUGAGUGUAGAAAUGUUUGCAAAAGAAUGCACGGCAAUUUGGUGAGGAGGAUCAAGCUCUUGAGUCCCAUGUUUGAGGAAUUAAAAGACGGUAGCGAAGAGCUGGUUGAGGAAGCAGCUAUAGGGUUUGAUCUGUUAAGAACUGCUCUGGAUUCAGCUCUGAAGCAUCUGAGGACAGUCAAUGAAGGCAGCAAGGUUUAUCAGGCCUUGUAUCAGGACAACAUAGCAGCUGAGUUCCACCAGAUUACUGAACAGAUUGGAACAGCAUUGAGCAAGAUUCCUUACAACAAGCUCGAUUUGUCCGAGGAAGUCCUGGAACAGAUUGAGCUUGUGCAUGCUCAGUUCAGAAGAGCAACCGCAAGACCAGACUCUCCUGAUGUACAGCUUGAACAUGACUUAGCUAUUGCACAAAGAGAGAGAGAUCCAGACCCUGCAAUCCUGAAGCGGCUUUCUGAAAAGCUUCAACUUAAGACAAUCGAGGAUCUUAAAAAGGAGUCCAUUGCAUUCCAUGAGUUAGUGAUUUCAAGCGAAGGAGAUCCUGACGACUGGUUUGGGAAGAUUUCUUCUCUGUUCAGAAAGUUGAAGGACUUUGUACAAGUUGAAAACCCAGAAGAUGCUGUUGCUCCCAAGGCUGACAAGGAAUUCCUUAAGCACAGGUCUCCUGUUAUCCCAGAUGACUUCCGUUGCCCCAUAUCUCUUGAACUAAUGAAAGAUCCCGUUAUUGUCUCUACCGGACAGACAUAUGAAAGAUCUUGCAUUCAGAAAUGGCUAGAUGCUGGCCACAAGACAUGUCCAAAGACCCAGCAAACCCUCUUGCACACCGCACUAACACCCAACUACGUGUUAAAGAGUUUGAUAUCCUUGUGGUGCGAAAGCAAUGGCGUUGAGCUACCUCCUAAGCAUCAAGCUGCUUUUAAGAACAGGAAACUGGGAAGCAGCACUGUUUCAGACUGUGAUCAAACCACCAUUGCUGCAUUGCUCGAAAAGCUAGCGAACGGUAACCCAGAACAGCAGAGAGCAGCUGCUGGAGAACUUCGGUUGCUUGCAAAGAGGAAUGCUGACAACAGAGUCUGUAUCGCUGAAGCAGGAGCCAUUCCUCUCCUCGUGGAAUUACUUUCAUUUCCCGAUGCUCGCACUCAAGAACAUGCUGUCACAGCGCUUCUCAACCUCUCUAUAAACGAUGCAAACAAGGGCAUGAUCGUUAAUGCGGGAGCCAUACCAGACAUCGUGGAUGUUCUGAAGAACGGAAGCAUGGAAGCGAGGGAAAAUGCAGCGGCUACCCUCUUCAGUCUCUCGGUCGUGGACGAGAACAAGGUGGCAAUAGGAGCAGCUGGCGCAAUCCCAGCACUGAUCAACUUGCUAUGCGAGGGGUCGCCACGUGGGAAGAAGGACGCAGCCACUGCCAUAUUCAAUCUCUCUAUAUACCAGGGCAAUAAAGCAAGAGCAGUUAGGGCCGGGAUCGUGCCACCGUUGAUGAGACUGUUAAAGGAUGCUGGUUGCGGGAUGGUGGAUGAAGCUCUGGCGAUCCUUGCGGUUCUCGCGAGCCAUCAGGAAGGUAAGGUGGCAAUCGGGUUGGCAGAUCCCAUUCCAGCGCUGAUGGAGGUGAUCAGAACUGGAUCUCCUCGCAACAGGGAGAAUGCAGCCGCCGUAAUGUGGUCCUUGUGCACAGGUGGCGAUUUACAGCAGUUGAGAGUGGCCAAGGAGUUGGCUGCGGAGGAGGCAUUGAAGGAAUUAGCGGAGAGUGGCACUGAUAGGGCGAAACGGAAGGCUGGGAGCUUAUUGGAGCUACUCCAGCGGGUUGAUCCCGCAGCCUAGUCAAAAGCCUUAGUCUUUAAGUCUUCCAGGUACCCAAUUCUGAACACAUUUGUAGUUUAUGUGGAUUUCUGUGUCUCGGUGCACACCUCCGAGGCUACCCGACCCAAAUGGGAGUGGGCAAGUCGGUUGGCAGUGACCAGGGGGGGUUUCCUGAGAAUGUAUUGUGUGUGCAGUCAAGUUGUUGGAUACUGGAGAUGGAGGGUACAUAGGCGGAUUGUAAGUUACACGUAGUUUUGUUGGAUGUCGAACUGGUUUUUGACACAUUGUAUAGUAGUUGAAGGGAAAAGUUCAGUGGCUAAUUGUUUAUAACAUUGGGAAGAAAUCAAGCCGGCUUCUUUUGAGACUUGGUCUGGUCUUCAAGUAAUGCCUUUGCAGCAUGACAUCGAGGAUUAUGAUCAUCUGCUGCAAAUGACUGCAGCAAUGUAAAAUAAAGGAGAGGGAAAUGGGGUGGUGGACUGGUGGGUUUAUGAUUGAUACAUACAGCCUACAGGAAUGCCAAAGCGCCCUCGAGGGUUCUAGUUAUUCGGGUGACAGAUUCUUCUUCCUAUUGCGCCGCGGUGGAGAGGAGAAAUCGAUGGGGAUUUGAUACAGAACAGAACGUGCAAAGUGACUUGAAAUUCAAGAAACCUCAACCGCACCAAACCUCCAAAAUUCUGCAGCAGCACGAGCUUGUCAGCCACAGGAAAAUCAUACAACUUGCUUCUUUUUUUUAACUUUCGGAUACAGAGACGGCGACGAGGCGUUUCGUGGAGAGGGGUUGGACGGGGGACUUGAAUCAAAGCUGGAAGGCAACGACACAAAUGCAGUUGAUGGGAGGAUCUCAAGAUUGAUGCCGGAAUGGAUCAGAAUAAUGGUGAAAUGGGAAGAGGCUCAGUCGGAAGAAUAGAGAACGGCUACAAAGCUUUUAUCAUGGAGAAAUUUUGAUAAAAAUUGUCAAAACAACUCAAAAUGUUC